AUGUUCGUCUCACGUGUGCGCUGCCACUUCUGUGGCACCAAGUCACAGCACAGCAGGUCGGUCCUCGAGUUCCAGUGCAGCUUCUGCGAGGCCGUGAACUACUUCGACGGCAAUGGAAACGUCACCGACCCGCCGAGCACCCGCACCUCCCACGAGAGCCCACCGCAAGCGCGCCCAAAGACAUUCACUCGCCCACUGUCCGAGACACUCGAGCACCAACAGAAGCAGGCCUUCUGCCGCACGUGCACCCAAAACCAGCUGCUCUAUAGCGAGACCCUCUCCAACUACCUCCCAGACGAGUCGCAUCCACAAUACAAGCAGUAUGAGAAGGCGCUUCCAAAGUUUAGGACGGAUCUGGAGAAGAGAUACCCGCUCAUUUGCAAGAACUGCGCACCAGCUGCCCAGGCCAAGAUCAACCGCGCCGACUACUACGGCAUGACCCAGAAUGCCGCCAAGCUUUGCGCUGCCACCAAGAAGAGAGGCGGACAACCAGCCCACCGUACGCGCGACGACGGAGGCAAAAUGCUUAUGCGUUUCUCUUUGAAUCUCGUCAGCCUUGCUCUCUUUCUGGGUCUCUCUGCUCAGAUGAUCUAUCACGUCUACGCCAUUCUCACCCUUCUCCUCGCUGCCGCUCCGAUUACCACUGAGUCCCUUGAUUCCCAAGGCCUUUACAAUGGCGUUGACGUCGCCUCUACUUUUCCACCCUCGAUUCACGAGUGCGCACAGCAGUCACUUCGCUUGCGCUUCAACACCUCAUGCUACCAACUGUUCAGCAACCUGAUAACGUACACCCUUGCUAUCGCCAUCGCUGGACUCUGGUAUAACCCUGGACUCAAAGCCAAGUACCACCAUACCCAUCGCUAUGAGGCUGUGAAGGGUCAGAAGAACUAUUUCUUCAUGCAGCUGAUUGGCCUCGGAUUGCGUUCUUGGGCUUGGUUUACUCUUUCCAACCCGUCUUUCACCGCGAAGCUCAACAAAGAGCAGCUCAUGGCGAUGCACGGAUUUGUUAUCUUGUUCACUCUGAUCGCACAAGCUCUGGCCAACCGCAGUAUUGAGCCAAUCGUUUGGACCAUCAAGGGCAAAAUCAUGCCCAGACCAGAAGAGCAAGAUGUCCUUGGACAAUACGCCGGGCCAGCAGCAGAACAUCAUACACCCAAGGCUUCGGAGAAAGACCCAUUGAGGUAUCUGCGCAAGCAAGCUCGCGGCCCAUUUGACAUCAAUCGACUUGCCCCGGAAUACGCCAAGAAGAAGACAAACUCAUCAACGAGAUCCUACCACCAGCAACCCUCUCCGGAAUACUCCGACGAUGAAAACGACCUUGACGCCAUGGAGACCGACUACCGCCCAGUCAUGCGCUCCGCGCAGUCGAGCUUCGGCGCAGGUCCAGCCUUACAGCCUCUUCGGCCGUAUGAGAACGACUACCAAUCUUCGUUCGCAUUCAACGGCGGUAUGACAGAUGAGAUAUUUGGAUUGCAAACUCAGAUGCGCCAAGAAAAUGAGCGCAGACAGUGGGAGCAGCAACAGCAGCUUAGCUAUAACCCACCACUACGGCAAAAAAGUCCAUUUUACGGCAACCUUCCACCAGCGCCAAUGAGCAUGGAGCGUCGCCUCCGCAACCCAAUCACUCGCCCAGUCGAAGCCGAGCAGGUGCCACUGAGCCAGCGACCGAACUUCAUGCAACAGAUGCGUGCAGGUAUCAAGCCCGUGCAGUUCCCAGAGAAGGGAAGCAACUUUGAAAUCAAGCAGAGCAGUUGGACUUUGCCAUCAGACUCACAAGAGAUCGGAUUGGAGGAGAGAUUCAAGGACACUUUCAAGUUGGACGACGCGGCUCCAAAUGGGCAAUCCCCCACCAAGGGAGGAUUCUUCGGAUUCUUCGGCCUCUGA